AUGGCAUCCAUAACCUCUUCAACUCCUUCAUCAUCAUCGGUUUCAGCAUCAUCGGGAAAUGACGAUGAUAUGAUUUCUCUCUCAAAUAACCCAAAUGGGAAUGAUCAACAACCAAAUCAAAAUGAGCAUGUAAUUAUACAAAAGAAGAAAUAUGAAGAAACUGAGGAUGAAAUGAAAUUAAGAUUUGAAAUGGAAUUGGAGUUUGUGCAAUUAUUAUCAAACCCAUCAUAUUUACAGUAUUUGGCACAAUAUAAAUAUUUUGAAGAUCCUGGAUUUAUAGAAUAUCUAAAAUAUUUACAAUAUUGGAAACGACCAGAAUAUGCAAAAUUUAUCAGAUUUCCGAAUAGUUUAUUCUUUUUAGAUCGAAUUGUCACAGAUCCCCAAUUUCGAGAAGAGUGCAAGCUCAAUCCUUUCCGAGAUAUGCUGCAGCAGCAAAUUAUGUGUCAUUGGUCGUUCUAUCGAAAAAAUAGAGAAGAAGCUCUCAAAAAGAAAUCUUUCGAGUUCGACGAGCCAACAAAUCCGAUUGAUGCAAAUGUCACAAUGAAUGGAUAA